AUGGCUGAUUCAGAACACCAGACGGCUCCUGUGAACGAGCCAGUCACGGCAGAGAGUGUGCCUGCACCGACCGAGGCGCCGGUUGUCGAUGCGGUGCACGAUGGCACGGCGACGAAUACGGACGUGGAUGCGGGUGCUUCGGCUGUGGAUGCGGAGAGUGUACCCUCGGCGCAAGCGCCGAAUGCAGCGUCAUUGUCUGUGGAGCCUUCGCCUUUGGCAUCCGAGCCAUCGGCGCCCGAGCCUUCAGCACCAUCGGCGCCCGAGCCAUCAGCGCCCGAGCCUUCAGCACCAUCGGCACCCGAGCCAUCGGCGCCCGAGCCCUCAGCGCCCGGCGCCACCGCGGCCCAUUCCGAGCCGUCACAGUCUACCGACUCUGCCGAUAUGCCCAUGGAGAUGCCUCAUGUAAAGUAUGCGCAAAACACGAUCCGCUCCCUCAAAUCGCGCCGCGAAGCCGCCGCGUUUCUGCAGCCAGUAGACCCGAUUGCGCUGAAUAUCCCUCAUUAUACCCAAAUUGUCAAGACACCCAUGGACCUUGGCACGAUCGACCAGAAGCUUGCGCUCACUGCCCACCGCCUCAAGCCAGCCAACCAGCAAAUCCGCAUGUCGGACAAGCUGAAGCAGGCAGUUGACAAUGGCAAAGUCGACCUUGAAAAAGACUACUAUGCGCGUGUAGGUCAGUUUGAGACGGACGUUUUUCUUGUGUUUGACAACUGCCGUGCGUUCAACGGCGCCGAGCACAUCUUUACCAAGAACGCCGAAGCCCUCCGCGGGCUAUUUGAAAAGCAGCGCAAAGGACUCGCGUCUGCCGUCGCCGUCGCGAACGAGCAGAAUGCCGAGGCCAAGGCGCGCCGCAACUCCUCCGACCUCCCCACCAUUCGACGCUCCACCAACGGCAGCCGCCCCAAGCGUGAGAUUCAUCCGCCGACGAACCGUGACUUGCCGUGGAGCGAGGACCAACUGCACCCCGCCUCCAAACGUGCGAUCCAGAACCGGAUCGGGAAAGAGGGCAACCUUUCCCCUCGCGAGCAGUCCUACUGGGCCAAGGUCAUCAAUGACGAGCUCAAAUUUUGCGGUCGCGUGAUUGACGACCUCCUCAAGCCUGCGCACCAGGACCUUGCGUGGGUCUUUUAUGACAUCCCCGCCAAAGACUUUGACUGGGCGCCGGCGUAUUUUGCCACGAUCAAAAAGCCCAUUGCACUGCUCCCCAUCCAGCGCAAGCUCAAGAGCGGCGGCUACGCGGAUCUUGCUGCGUUUGAUGCUGACAUGCAGCUCAUGUUCCGCAACUGCUUCACGUUUAAUCCGCCCGACUCGGACGUGUAUCUUAUGGGUGCGCGCUUCAAGGAUGCGUACGAGACAAAGAUGCAGAAAAAGCCAGUUCCUCCGCCGUUUGUCGCCGAGAUGGACAUGGAUGUAGACGAUGACGAGGAUGAUGAUGAUGAUGACGACGACGAUCCAAACGCGCGUCUUGUCCAGCAGCUGCAGCGCCAGAUUGCCGAGCUGGAAGGCACACUCGAGACACUCGAAAACAGCAAAACAAAGAACCCCGUGCUGAUUACCAGCACGCGCGUCGCACUCAACUCGGUCCAAGCUGCGCUUGCCGGCGCAAUGAGCGUCAGUGAGCUAACGCGGAAGAAGGGCAAGAAGCGCGGCGCGUCGGGCGAUGGUCUUGGCUCGGCGAAAAAGAGCCGCAACAAGGGCGACAGCGCGCGGAAGAACAAGAGCGGAAACCGCAAGCCGCUCGGCAACGGGUCGCCAGCGCCUCGCGGGCGUCGCUCCAUGGGCGGCGACGAAGACGAUGUGCGCACCGUCACGUUUGACCAGAAAGAGGAGCUCGCGCAAAAGAUUACCGAGCUUACCGACGAGCGUUUGGAAGGCGCCAUCCGGAUCUUGAACGAGGACAAGCCUGCGGGUGCACAAGGCAACGAGGACGAGGAGAUUGAGCUGGACAUUGACGAACUCUCUCCCCAGACGCUGUACAAGCUGUACAAGUACGUUGUGCGCCCCAAAAAGAAGCAUGCGCCCCCUGAGCUCGGCCCCAACGGCAAGCCCGCGCCUGCCUCUGCGCCCAUCGACGGCCGCAAGCGCGGCACGGGCGGCCUCAAGAAGAAGAACCUCGACGAGACCGAAGAGGCCGAGCGCAUUGCCCGUCUGCAGCAGCAGCUCCAGCAGUUCAACGACGCCAAGGACUCGCCCAAGGCCUUGCCCGAUGCGGAUCUGUCGAGCAGCAAGCACGACGACCUUGUCCAGUCCGACAUCUCGUCUGGCGACGAGGACGAGGAGAGCGAGAGCGAUAGCGAUAGCGAUAUGGACUAG